CCAAGUCCUAAAAACUACCUCUCAAUCUCCCUUCUUCCAUAUUCUUCACGUACCCUUGUUGUCUUUCUUCUUUCUCUUGCAAUGGCAACUGGUGAAUUCGAUGUUUCCGAGAAUGGUUGCUCUGUCUUAACUCAUUUGCACUGGCAAAAGGCUGCUGAUGCCCUCCGGUGCUCUUAUGUCGACGAGGUUAGCCGAAUGGUGUCGCAGUUUGCGGAGGCGAAAGUUGUUGGAAUUCAGGGGACUACCCUUACGGUGGCUGAGGUCACGGCGGUUUCGAGAAGGAACGAAGUGGUGGUUUCGCUUGAUGAGGCGGCUGCUCGUGACAGGGUGGCGAAGAGUGCUGAUUGGGUUAGCGACAGAGUCUCUCGUGGGAUUGACAUUUAUGGAGUCACCACUGGUUUUGGUGCUACGUCUCAUAGACGUACCACGAAGACUUCCGACCUCCAGACGGAGCUUAUAAGAUUCUUGAACGCCGGUGUGAUCGGGAAAGAAUAUCUUCCGACCAGUUAUUCCAAGGCGGCUAUGCUCGUUCGUGCCAACACGCUCAUGCAAGGCUAUUCCGGUAUCCGGUGGGAGAUACUCGAAGCCAUGACGGAACUCAUGAAUCGGAAUUUGAUCCCGAAACUGCCGCUCAGAGGGACGAUCACCGCGUCCGGUGAUCUCGUCCCGUUAUCAUACAUUGCAGGGUUGUUAACAGGGAGACGAAACUCCAAGGUCGUCACUGCUGACGGAGGAGAAAUCGACGGUGUCGAGGCUUUGAAAAGAGCUGGAAUUAAUGGUCCUUUCGAGCUCCAAGCAAAGGAAGGUUUAGCUCUUGUGAACGGAACCGCCGUUGGUUCUGCUGUUGCUGCGACGGUUUGUUUCGAUGCCAAUCUUUUGGCUCUCCUUUCGGUGAUUCUCUCGGCUUUGUUUUGCGAAGUUAUGCACGGCAAGCCGGAGUUCACCGAUCCCUUAACGCAUGAGCUCAAGCACCAUCCCGGCCAGAUCGAAUCGGCUGCGAUCAUGAAGUUUCUUUUAGACGGAAGUGAUUACAUGAAAGAAGCUAAGAUCAGGCAUGAGAAAGACCCUCUUACUAAGCCUAAACAAGACAGGUAUGCAAUUAGAACCUCUCCUCAAUGGCUUGGACCUCAAGUCGAAGUAAUUCGACAAGCGACGCAUUCGAUCGAGAGGGAGAUCAAUUCCGUUAACGAUAAUCCGUUGAUCGAUGUCGAUCGUGACAUCGCUCUCCAUGGUGGGAAUUUCCAGGGGACGCCUAUAGGUGUCUCCAUGGACAAUCUCCGAAUCGCAAUCGCAGGCAUCGGGAAGCUCAUGUUUGCUCAAUUCUCCGAACUCGUUUGCGAUUACUACAACAACGGUUUGCCGUCGAACUUGAGCGGAGGAACUAAUCCAAGCUUGGACUACGGAUUCAAAGGCGCAGAGAUUGCCAUGGCUGCAUACUGCUCCGAGCUACAAUACCUCGCGAAUCCCGUCACGACGCAUGUGCAAAGCGCCGAACAACACAACCAAGAUGUCAACUCCCUCGGCCUUAUCUCGGCUAGAAAAAGUGCAGAAGCCAUUGAAAUACUCAAGCUGAUGUCCUCAACAUUCAUGGUGGCACUUUGCCAGGCUAUUGAUUUGCGACAUUUGGAGGAAAACAUGAGAGAAACAGUGAAAAAAAUACUUCUCCAAGUAGUAAAGAAAACACUCUACCUUGCAGAAGAUGGAUCACUGCUCCAAUCACGUUUCUGCGAGAAAGAACUCUUGCAGGUCAUCGAACACCAACCGGUUUUCUCCUAUCUCGAUGACCCGAUGAACCCUUCGUACACCCUUUUGCCUAAGCUUCGAGAAGUGCUUGUCGAAAGGGCACUAAAAGAUAAAAAGGGCGACGAAGAAGGGUUUUCGAUAUUCAAAAGGAUCCCGGUUUUCGUCGAGGAAUUGAAGGCGAAACUCGAGGAAGAGUUACCGAAAGCAAGAGCAAAAUUCGGCAAUGAAGAAUUCGAGGUUGCUAAUCAGAUCGAGAAAUGCAGGACUUAUCCGAUAUAUGGAUUUGUGAGGAAGGAAGUGGGAACUGAGCUUCUUGUUGGUGAAAAGAAGGUGAGUCCAGGAGAGGAUAUAGAGAAGGUCUGUGAAGCCAUUAAUGAAGGGAAACUGGGAGCUGUUGUUAUGAGGUGCUUAAAUAAUUGGAAACUAUAGGCUGUUUCAGUGUAAUAAUGUUUGGAUUGUAUUAUUUGUAACAUGUUUUGUUUCUGGUUCUUCACGUUUUUGACUUUGGGAUUAUGUAAUUUUGUGUUCUGGUCGGAGUCAAUGAAGUUCUAGUAAUGGAUUAUU